UUGACAAACUGAGGAUGGCUGAUCAAGAGGAAACACACACAAAUGGUUCAGGAGACAACCAAGACUCACCAGCCACAGCCAAAAAAUCUGGGAGAACUUCUCUGCUGGACAGCGGGGAAGACUUUGAGGUCUUGGAUGACGUCGACGAGGACGUCGACGAUGACCUUCCACCUCUGGAGGACGCGGGAGGCCACAAGAAGAAAAGCAGUGGGGAAGAGGAGUCAGCCCAAGCAGAAGGAGCUAAUGUCACUGAAUUAUCCGCUCCUCAGGAGGAGUGGUUGGACGUAUUAGGAAACGGAUUGCUGAAGAAGAAGGUUCUAGAACCGGGUUCCGGGCCCGACAGUAAACCCCAGAGAGGCCAGAACGUCACCGUUCGCCUGAGGAGCAGUUUAGCAGACGGGACCGUGGUGGAGGAGGAGCCAAAUCUCUCUUUCACUCUCGGAGACGGAGAUGUCAUCCAGGCGCUGGAUCUCACAGUACAGCUGAUGGAAACGGGAGAAAAGGCCCUGGUUGAAACAGAUGCGAAAUACGCAUACGGUGCUUUGGGCAGCGUCACUCCCGCUGUUCCUCCCGACACCGCGCUGACCCUGGAACUGGAGCUGCUGUCCGCUUCCGACGCUCCGGACCUGGAGCUGAUGUCUCCGGCUGAGAGGAUCCAGUUGGCCAGCCAGAAGAGAGAGAGGGGAAAUGUGUACUAUCAGCGUGGAGACUAUGCCUUCGCCGUCAACUCUUACAGCAUCGCCCUCCAGAUCACGGAGGCCAGCUCCAAGGUGGACAUCAGCCCUCAGGAGGAAGAGGAGCUGCUGGACGUGAAGGUGAAGUGUUUGAAUAACAUGGCAGCAGCUCAGCUGAAGCUGGACCAUUACGACGCAGCUCUGCGUUCCUGCGUCUCCGUCCUGGCUCACCAGCCGGACAACAUUAAAGCCCUUUUCCGCAAGGGCAAGGUUUUAGCCUUGCAAGGUGAAUAUGCUGAAGCCAUAAGAAUAUUAAAAAGGGCCCUGAAGUUGGAGCCAAGUAGCAAGACCAUCCACGCAGAGCUGUCCAAGCUGGUGAAGAAACACUCUGAACAGAAGGGUGCCGAACAGGCCAUGUACAAGAAGAUGCUUGGCAACCCAGCGGACAGCAGCGCGCAGAAACGCCAAGCCAAGACUUCCUGGGGGGUCAGCUGGAAAUGGCUCUUUGGUGCUACAGCUGUUGCGAUUGGUGGUGUAGCUUUGUCAGUUGUCAUUGCUGCUAGAAAUUAAUUGAAACCUUACAGUCUGGUACAGUGGAUAAACGCCAGUGCUCUACCUGAGAAGAGACACACUACAGACUCCUGAAUGACCAACUAGUAAAACCAGUAAUCAGAAAUGGGUUUUAAUAGAUUGAUAAUCUGUAUUUUGUGACUGUA